AACAAAACGGGGGAAAAAAUUUAAAAAAGUGACGAAAAAAUGAAUUUUGAAAAUAAAUUCAAGGGUAAAGUAGAGGAAGGAUUUUUGUCAGAUAAGCAUACAACUCAGGAGGAAUUUGAAAAUUUUAUGCAUCGCGUCACUGAUGUGGAAAAAAUUGUUAAAAAAUUAGCGUCAUCUGAUUUAAAUGAGCAAAAUGAGGGUAAAUUAUUAGCUGAUGAAAUUUUAGAAGGAAAUCUAAUUGAUAAGGAAUUAAUAAAUGACAAUUGUGAGAUUCAAGUAAAAACAAAUCGUACAUUAAUAAACAAAUAUUCCACUGAUGGGGACAAUUCAAAAGGUAUGGACAAAACAGAGAAAUUUAUGAAAAAUGUUGAAUGGGACGCAAAACAACGUGCCAAUGAUAGAAAAAUGCAUAAUGAACGUGCCGAAACAUAUAAAAUAAUUGGCAAUGGUGCAUUUAAAGAAAAAAAUUAUGAAAAAGCAUUAACAUAUUAUUCACGUGCCAUUGAAUAUCGUAAGGAUUCAACUAUUCUUUGGAAUAAUCGUGCAUUGACUUAUAUAAAAUUGCAAAAAUAUAAAAAAGCCAUAAAAGAUUGUGAAUGGGUUUUAAAAAUUAACCAAUCCAAUAUUAAGGCACUUUUAAAUUUAGCCAAAUGUCAUGCACAAUUUAAUAAUCAAGAAAAAUGUCAAGAAUACAUUAACUUGGCAAAAGAUCGAAAUUCACAAUUUAUUAAUUAUAUAAAUGAUUUUGAGAGAGAAUUAAAAAUUGGAAGAAAAUCUGAGAAAUCAAAGUAGAAAUCAAAAAAUAAGGAGAAUGAGCUUCCAGGAAAUAGAUAUACAACUUAUUGAAACAGUAUUAUGAAUUCUUUUUUUAUUUACAAAGUAGGUAUUCAA